UCGCCUGACGUCAUUCUCAGGAAGCGGCAAAAUAGUGCGUUCAGCAGUAUCACUUUGAUUCGGCGAGGUCGCGUCAUAUUACUUUAAAAUACCCCAUAUUUAAGGCUCACAGAACACAUUAAAGUUAUUCAGUCUUUUCGGGUAUAUUUAAUUUUAGGACCAAACAUAAUAUAUUUUUUUCCCUGAGGGUUUUCAUCGUCUCACAGAGUGUUUCAACGAUGCCGAGAGGAGGCAAAAAGAACCAUAAGGGCCGUGGGAAGCAGUUCAGCAACCCCGAGGAGAUUGAUCGACAGAUGCGGGCUCAGAGGGAAAAGGAAGAAAAAGAAGGGGCUGAAAGUGGAAGUUCAUCAGAAUCUGAAGAGGAGAGCAGCAGUGAUGAAGAACCUAAAAGGAGAGGUGUAGAAGGACUGAUUGAAAUCGAGAAUCCGAACCGGGUCUCCCAAAAGAGUAAGAAGGUUGUGGAGAUCGAUGUCAAUGCACCUAAAGAGCUCUCACGUCGGGAAAGAGAGGAGAUUGAAAAGCAGAAGGCUAAGGAGCGAUACAUGAAGCUGCAUCUAGAGGGGAAGACGGACCAGGCCAGGGCAGACCUGGCCAGGCUGGCCAUUAUAAAAAAGCAGAGGGAGGAUGCGGCAAAAAAGCGAGAAGAGUUAAGGAAAGAAAAAGAAGCAGAAGAGGCAAAAUCGAAACGCUAGUCCAAGCAUCAUCACAGGACAGGGGUUUUCUGGGGAGGGAGGGAAGGGGACUAGUUAUUAAGAGGAGACCGCUCAGGGGAAACUGUAGAUGUCAUCCUUCCAUCCAUCCAAGGUUGGAAGAUUUGGACUUUUAUAGGAAGUCAAAUGGGAGGUUUUGGAUUUGGGUUUUUAAUUUUCAAUUCUACCAAACUAUCCCUCCUCUGACACUUUCACUGUGCUCAGACUCAAAAGCUGCUGGAGUUUGCUCUCAAUUUCUGCAUUUCUAUGAUGUUAUCACCAUUAAGUCUGGGAUGUUAUGGAAGAGUGAGGUAAGGUUGCAGGUGUGUUUAAGUGAGCCGAUAGGGAAGAAUGAAACCGGUUGUAGUUUUGAACAGUCAAACACUAACUACACAACAUCAGCCCUUCUACUGUACUGCCUUUUGUCAAUCUUUGUGGCCUAAUCCCGUUUAAGUGCGAAAUGCAUCUGUAGUCAUUUAAAGGUUAAUAGAAGGGUAUUUUGGUCGUUACCUUGUGAAAUCAGGGCAUGCUGGAACCUAAUGCUGCAGGUUACAUCAUUUAAAAUCAUUCAUGUUUUCAAGUACUUAAACACAAUAUAAUGCGAUCUCACAGAAAAAGGCAUAGCUAUCAAUAGGCCAGUAUUAAAGUAACUGGUUCUGUUAACUGUCUCUGCAUUCACCACAUCAUCUUCUGUAAUCCCCCUUUACUGUGGUUUUCCAUUUCUUUUGAGGUGGGACCAUUGUUUUUCACUACCAGACUCACUGGUGUGUCCUCAUAUUAGUUUGGAGAGUUUUAUGCUUUAGCCCAUUGCUUGGACCUGAUUUGCCAUGACCAUUUAAGGAAAGCAAUAUUGCAUUGUUGAUGCUCAUGGUGCAAUUUUUUCCCAGUUCUUUAACACAAUUAUUUACAAAGUAUUUUAACAUUUGUAAAGCAUUCACCAGUACUGAAAUAAGUAUUUACAUGGGGUAUUGAUAUGAAAUCAGUGGAAUUCCUUAUUUGAAACUUUGUUGUAUACAAAUAAAUAAAUUGAUGAAUAAAUGA